GAAUACUGGGCCAUCUAUCACAGCGUGAGUAUAGACACUGCUCCACCAUACACUGACUUCCCUAUAUUGAUGGGGAGAGGGGCAGAGCCUGCACCCUGGGAGGACACUGGAAGGCUCUUCCUUCCAUAGACCAAGGGAUGAACACAUGGAGCAGUCUUUUGACACAUCAUUAGUCCCCUGCGGGAAGGACAAAUACAUUCCCAAGAAUGAGUUGCUGGCACAUCUGAAGAAUUACAAUUUCUAUUAUGAAGGACAGAACCUCCAGCUCCGACAUCGCGAGGAAGAGGGGGAGUUGAUCAUAGAAGGGUUACUCAAUAUUUUCUGGGGCCUGAGACGUCCUAUUCGGCUUCAGAUGCAAGAUGACCAUGAAAGAAUUCGGCCACCUCCAUCAUCUACAUCUUGGCAUUCUGGAUGCAAUCUGCUCACUGAAGGAAAAGUUGCCACGCCAGCCACCAUCCCUGACAUCCAGGUGACUGAGGUUGAGGAGGCCCCAGCCGAUGAUGAUAAAGAUGAGGAUAAAGCCUCUCAGGAUGAAGCUCCUCAGCUGAUGCGUACAAGGAGUGAUGUUGGAGUACGGCGUAGGGGUAACCUCCGCACCCCAGGAGAGCAGAGGCGGAUCAGACGUCAUAGGUUUUCAAUAAAUGGGCACUUUUACAACCACAAGACGUCUGUGUUCACUCCAGCAUAUGGCUCUGUGACAAAUGUCAGGAUUAACAGCGCCAUGUCCACCCCACAGGUCCUGAAACUGCUACUAAACAAGUUUAAGAUUGAGAAUUCUGCCUCAGAGUUUGCCCUUUAUGUAGUGCACACAAGCGGAGAGAAAAUGAAACUGAAGGACUCGGAUUACCCACUCAUUGCCCGGAUUCUGCAAGGUCCAUGUGAACAAGUGUCCAAAGUGUUUCUUAUGGAGAAGGAUCAAGUAGAGGAAAUCACCUAUGAUGUGGCACAGUACAUAAAGUUUGAGAUGCCUGUUCUGAGCAGUUUUAUUGAAAAGCUGAAGGAAGAGGAAGACCGAGAAAUCAUCAAACUCAUGAGAAGGUACACGUCGCUCCGGCUUCUUAUUGAACAACAACUGCAUGACUUGGCCAACACUUCUGCAACAAUGUAGACCCCUUUGUUAUUUGUGAUUGAGCUGAGAUCAAAUGAGCCAGAUCCUUCCUCUGCUUGGCCCUCCCCCGAGGAACUAAGAUAUUUAAUAUUAAUACAACAAUGUUACAUUCAGCUAAUUUUUCUACUGUAUUGUAAGGCUUCCAGUAACACAGUCAUCCAGGGAGUAGUAUGUCAUUUCUAGGCUAGAAUAGGUGACCUCUGUAUAAUGUAUGUAGAAAUGGACCUGUAUCACUCUACUGGAGGUGGCAUUGGAUUCGUAAUGGGCGCCAUGUUUUCUUUAGGCAAUACAGAAAUGGACCAAGUUUUUCUAUGCUGAAAAAUAUUUGACCAAAUUGCAGAAAGGUUUGUAUAAACCAUUUGAAUGUAUGUGGAACCAAUGGCUUCCUAUCCCUACGGUUAUAGCCUGAAACAAAGGCUUAUGGGUAAUUGUGAUAAAUAAGACAUAAAGGUGAUUUUUUUAUUUUUUUUAUUUAGAAUUUUCCAGUUUAGAAGCACAAGGUGUAAAUACAGUUUUGAUUUUGUCAUUAUGAGAAAUCCAAUGUGUUUUAUGGUAUUUUGAAGAGCAGCUCCCUCAUUGAAGACUCUUUCCAGAAUGUAGUAGGGAAUUAGGUCCCGUUCUUUAGGAGGACUGGUUAGCUUUCUCGGCAUGUCUCUUUUAGAAAGUGUAGUUUCGUAAUUUAAAUAGAAAUGCUGAAGAACAUUUUCUUAGAUCUCUUUGUUGUGUAGAUCCUCAGUUAGUACUGCUGGAAAGAAAGAAAUUGAUAACUAGGCAUCAGCAUUCCACUUGGGUAGUGUUUCACCCUGUUAAAGAGGUUGGCCCGUUUUGCACUUUGUGGCAUAUUGAUAGGAUAUGCCACCAGUGUCUGAUAUGUACAGGUCCCACCUCUGAGACCACAACCCAUCUCUAGAACAAAAUGAUCGAGGGUGCACA